CACUUGUCACACGUACAACGAUAGACAACAUGGCUUUAAAAUAUUUUAAAAUACCUUAGUCUUCAAAACUAAUGACAUCAAACAUGCUGUAGUUAUUAAAUUGGAACAAUAAUGGUGGUUGAUCUUCUCAGCUGUUACCAAAGACCCUGUUAUAGUCUUGGAUUCUCCCUCCAUGUUCAACACCACCCAUCUUUUACCAGUAACUUUUUCUCACCAUGGAUUCUGAAAUACUCCUUAUCUUUUCUUUUCUCCUCUGCAUCAUUGUGGCACUCAAACUAGGGAGAAAACUCAACAAAAAAAGCAAGUUAUCAUCACUAAACAUACCCCCUGGACCAUGGAAGCUUCCUGUUAUAGGAAACCUGCACCAUCUUGUUUCAUCCACACCACACCGAAAACUAAGAGACUUAGCCAAAAUAUACGGACCCAUGAUGCAUCUCCAGCUAGGAGAGAUCUUCAUUAUCGUUGUUUCCUCAGCAGAGUACGCCAAAGAGAUCAUGAAAACACAUGAUGCAACCUUUGCAUCGAGACCUAAAAUUCUGGCAGCAGAUAUAGCCUCUUAUGGAUACACAGACAUCGCUUUUGCACCUUACGGAAGUUACUGGAAAAAGGUACGAAGAAUCUGCAACAUGGAGCUUCUGUCCCCAAAACGUGUCAGUUCAUUCCAACCGAUAAGACAAGAAGAACUCAGCAAUCUGGUUCAACUUAUUGGUUCACAUGUUGGAGGGUCCCCCGUCAACCUCACUGAAGCAGUUUCCUUAUCAAUGUAUAACAUCAUUUCAAGAGCUGCUCUGGGCCAGAAGCGCACCAAAGACCACGAUGAGUUCGUGUCGAUAAUCCAACGAGGAGUGCUUGGUGCAGGAGGUUUUGACAUAGGAGAGUUGUUUCCUUCUGCUACUUGGCUUCAACAUCUCACUGGUUUGAGGCCUAUGCUUGAGAAGAUGCAUCAACAAAUGGAUCGGAUACUGGAAGCCAUCAUCAAUGAACACAGAGAAGCAAGAUCCAAAGCCCAACAUGACAAUGAAUCAGUCGAAGAUUUGGUAGAUGUUCUCCUAAACUUCCAUGAUGCUAAUGACAGCAACCAUGAAGAUUGCUUAACCAUCAACAAUAUCAAAGCAGUAAUCAUGGACGUUUUUGUAGCUGGAGUAGAGCCUGUGACAACUACCGUAAAUUGGGCAAUGGUAGAGAUGAUGAAGAAUCCAAGAGUGAUGAAGAAAGCACAAGAUGAGGUGAGAGAGGUGUUCAAAGAAAAGGGAAGGGUUGAUGAGAUUUGCAUGAAUGAACUACANUACUUGAAAUNAGUUNUGAAAGAAACCCUAAGGUUACACCCACCAGGAGUUCUUCUGNNUCCAAGAGAAUGUGGAGAGACAUGUGAGAUUGAUGGGUAUGAGAUACCAGCCAAAACUAAGGUAUUGAUAAAUGCUUGGGCAAUUGGGAGAGACCCAAANUACUGGAGUGAAGCAGAGAGGUUUUAUCCAGAGAGAUUCAUUGGCAGUUCCAUUGAUCUUAAAGGAAAUCAUUUUGAGUUCAUUCCCUUUGGUGCUGGAAGAAGAAUCUGUCCUGGCAUUUCCUUUGGCUUGCCAACUGUUGAAGUCACUCUUGCUGUUUUGUUGUUUCACUUUGAUUGGAAGCUUCCUAAUGGAAUCAAAACUGAAGACUUUGACAUGACUGAGAAAUUUGGAAUCACUGUUCAAUUAAAGAAUGACUUUUUAUUGAUACCUCUCACUGCUGGGAAAUGAUGAAAAGAGUAAGGAAGUGAGCAGUGGAAGCAAAGAAGGGUGAGUGAGGAAGAAGAUUUCCACACAUCUUUGUUGAAAACUGAAUAUGCCUCAGUGUUUCAGUAAUUGAAUUGUAAUAAUUUUAUGUUAUUUUCCUUUUCUUAAGUAUUGAAUUUCAAGUUUCCUUUCUUUUUUUUCAGCAUGCUUCAUGUAAAGAACAUUAAUAGAUGUGUU